GUUGUUUGAGCUUCCAAUUGAGCUUGAAUAUUGGAGAGAUUCUAACGUUCUUCAAUGUCAUUCGUCUUUCCCCUUAACUGGUCCUGAUCCCUUUAACGUAGACGACGAAUUUCAGUCAAAAAUUUGUUCGUAUCAGAGUACAGCGGGCACUGCCAAUGCAGCGGGAACCACCAAUACCGGAUUCACCACUGCAACUAAUAGGCAAAUUAAUAUUUCAACACGUUCUUUAAAAAAGGCUAGAUUACUAUUUCAGGACCACACGGAUGAAAGUCUCGCGCCCCCUUCUAAUGCAGAGCAGGCUAUCGAUGGUUCAGAAAAAAUUGCUUCUUUUUUUACCACGGCCUCAAAUAAGGCCAUUCCUAUUUCUCUAAACUCUCUUUUGAAAGUAAACGAAUUUCUUCUGCAUCCGGAAUCUCCCAAUUGGACGGAGCCACCUUCAAGCACGGCACCAACAAAGUUUGAAGAGCCUCAAAAAGUUCCCAAAAAGGAUCAAAUGACUAUGCCCUGUAACGAAAACCCCGCUAAACCAUCCGAUCAGUUGAAAGCCUAUUUAGACCGUUCAAGAUCAGAUCAGGCUCGUUUUUUAUACGAUCUUGACGUAAACAAUGUGCCUUGUAGGUCUACUAAUUUUUCUCAAUGUUUUUUAAAAUUACCCAAGUAUCCUAGAGACUGUGUAACCAUGCUUCCUGAUCAGGUCUUUAAUACAUUUGCCGUUGUGCAAGCAUUAAAAUGCAAUGCAACCAUAAAUGGGGGUCUUCUUGAUCAAAACUGGGUCACUUUGCAGCUUCGAAUUGAGUUUGAACGCGCAUGUGCUUUAUUUAGAUUUUUGCGUGUAAAUUACGAACACCAAAAUUUAAAUCAUCUGCAUGCCUUUUUCCACCGAAUAUUUUCGCUUGAUUAUUUUGUUUGCAGGAUGACCUAUCGCUAUUUUAAAGAUAUUUCUGGUAAAAAUCGAUCUUGCUUGAGAAGAAUUUAUGAAUGUGACGAUUCGUCUUGCAAACCAAUGGUUCUAUAUGUAAGCGACAUUUUUUACAAGUGUACAAAUUCAGAUGAAGCCUUAUGGCUUGAAUUCUGCGACGGCUGGUAUUUUGGCGAAUUUAAAGUUGACCAUCACAUUUCUUCUUUGUAUGUUGGACCUUCGGAUGGAAUCGAUCCUAAGCCCUUGUUCUGCAACAUAACUCACGAAUCUGUGGCUUUUAAAAAAUUUCCUCUUCGCAAAGGAUCUGAAUCUUCAACCGCGUAUUUCAAGCUUGGCUAUAAUGCGGUUGCUAUAGCACCAUGGGACUGCAAACUUGGAUUUUCGAAUAUUUCGAUUUUUUCUUUGAAUAGAGAAAUCUCAUCGUUUGAUAUCAAUGGCGGACUUGUACCUGUAAUUAAUAAUCUUGUUCUCCCCGUCAAAAUCCAACCGUUUUUAUUUAUCAGGAAAUCAAUUUCGUCGCCAAAAACCCCCGUUCCAAAUAAUUCGUCCUUUUUAAUCACAUUUGAGCAAGAAAAUGAUCUGCUUGCAAGGUUAAUGGCUAUUUUGGAUUCAUCCUCAAUAUCAUCUGAUGAAGCAAACUCCAUCAUGGAAAUGUACGUAUCAAGCUCAUCGCCUUUCUGUUUGCUUAUAUCUUAUUCGGCUGCCGUCGGAAAUGCUCCAAAGUGGAUUAUUAUCCGCUUAUGGAAGACCAAUCCAGAUGACUUGAAUUAUCUUUUGCCGAUAAAUUCGGUUUUCUCUAUUUUCCAGAAAUCCCGCCUUCCAGAGGCCCACUUCAACUUGUUUAAAGACGAAUUUUUAGAAUAUAUUUCAAAUGCCGUGUAUAUUACUUUAUUUCCUUGUGUUUUUGUAAAGCACCUUGCUUCGAACUUGACUCCAAAUGCAACUUUGACGGAUGAGCUCAAGAACCAAUCUGUAGUUUUAACCUCUUUACAUGAAUUGAAGGAAUUUUACUUGUAUCUUGAUUCUAACUCGCUAUCUGUAUAUUUGUUGCUUGUUAUGAUUAAGAAACCCAUAUUACAAUCGGUCUUUAUUGAUGGAUUUGAGAUCUUCCAUUCGAAGCCAAUCGAAGCCAAUAUUAAAACUAAUGUUGAUGCUCCUUUGUCAUUGUCAAAUUUAAUAUUUAUUAAUCAUGAUCCCAAAUAUAAUCUUUACAUAUUUGAGUCGACCAGCUUAGUAUGCUCCAUGAUGACGAAAGACGCCGUUUCAACUGCCGUGCUGGAAAGGCUUAGGUAUUUCUUGAUCCUUUUAAAUUUAGGGCAUCCCAUAGGGAAGCUAGUAUUUUAA